AUGGCAGAAGCAUCAAUUGAACAACACAGUUAUUCCGCUUGUCGUGUCACUGAGUACCCUGCAGACUCAUUAAAUCUCAAAAUUGAAGAUAAUCUAAAUGAAUACAUUAUUCUAAUCGUGGGCAAUCACGAUCAAGGCGAUCUAUUCAAGAGUCUGUUGAGAAUUAUCAGUGAAGACCGUUUGAAAGCUUUCAAUGACAUUGAAAACACUCUUCGAUUUAUUGAUUCUACGCAUAAUGCGAAUAUUUUUUUAAUUAUUUCUGGCACAUUGGGAGAGACAAAUGCACGUAAAUUUGAUACGAUACCGCAGAUUAUCUGUCUUUAUGUGUAUUGUAUGAAUACAGAUAUACAUGCAAAAUGGGCCAAAGAAAUACGAAAGAUACGUUGUAUUGUUUCGAAUACAACACAUUUAUUCAUUCGACUACACGCUGAUAUUAAACAGCUAAGUGUACGAUGGCCAUUUGGUCAAAAGUCGUUUCAAAAAGCUGAAAUGUUUACUUCAGAAUGGUAUCAUUUAUUUCUUCUAGCAGUGAGUCAUCAGCCUCAAUGUAUUCAAGAAUCUUAUCGUGAAAUGCUUGAUGAAUGUCGAAUUUAUUAUAGGGACCAUCAUUCUAUGCUCAAAAGAAUUGAUGAUUUUGCACAAUAUUGCAAUUCUUAUAAUGCAAUUCUUGAAUAUACAAGAAGCAGUUUUGUUUAUAGCAUUACCAAUCAUGCUUUACGCACGCAAAAUAUGGAACUUAUCAAGAAAUUCAGUCCAUUUAUCACGCGUCUAAAUUUUCAAUUACAUGAAAAUUAUAGAAAUUAUUGUACUUCCAAAAUAUGUCCCAUACGUGUCGUAUAUCGAGGGCAAGCUCUGAGCGUCGAUGAGCUAGAAUACCUUCGUUCGGUUUGGAAAUCGAAACAUCCCGUUAUUACGUUAACGACAUUUGGUUCUGCAUCACUCAAUUUUGAUGUUGCAAUGAAGUUUCUACCCAGUUCAGACGAUCUUAUACCUUGUUUAUUUGAGAUUAUUAUAACUGACGAAUACACGAUAGAAGAAAAGGAUCCAUGGCAUGCUAUACAUGCGUUUGCAGAUGUUUCCUCGCUAUCGUUCUUCCCAGAAGAACAAGAAGUACUAUUUUCUUUGUUAACACAUUUUCGUGUCAAAGAUAUCGGUGCUCUAAUAGUACAAACUGACAAUCGAUGGGUGCCAAUUACGCUCGAACUCAUCAGUGCUGAAAGGGAAAAUUACGGUUAUAGCCAUUUGAAUUUUCUGAAACGCAUAAAAACGGAAAACAAUCCACAAAAUUAUGCCUAUAUUUUAAAUGUUUUAAAGGAGGUGACCGAAGAUGAAGUAAGAUUCAAUAAUAUGGAUUGGAAAAAAUGGUGGUCGAUUUUCGAGCGGCAAUGGGGAGCAGGUGCAGCACGUGAUCAACCACUGGUUCUAACUUUAUAUCAAUGCUUCACGGAGCAUAAAUAUUAUUCGAGAAAAGCAGUUGAAAUGCACAAAGACAUUCUACGUUCUGAUCCAAGUAUCGAAUCAAAUCGAUCAUCUUUUUCCAAUCUACGUAAAACCUUCGAGAGUUACUCCAGCAUAUCUACAAAACAGAUUGCCUUAUACGAACAAUAUUUAAAACAAUUUUGUACUACAAAUACGAAAGAAUCCAUUGAAUGUCUCUAUUAUGCUGGACUAACUUACGAAAAAAUUUCUGAUAGCGACCGCGCAUUAGAAUGUUAUGAAACCAUUCUUACACGGGAGGAGUCUAGCAAGUUCCAUCAGAACUACAAAAUACAACAGCGGAUAAAAAAUUUGAAAAAGCCUUCUAAAGCAGAUCGAAUGGUGAACAAUGGAGGUAAAGCAGUGGUCAAAGGUACUGACAAAGAAUCUUCAAGGAUGCAUGAAGUACAGCAAAUGCAAGGGUCAAUUUACAGGAAUAUUAAGAGUAACACUGUUAACAAGCCUUCUAUAGCAAGCCGCCUACAACGACUUCUGCAAUAUCUUAGCGAUCGUGAAACGUGGUAUGAUGCAGCUGACUCAAAGAUAAUUCUUCGUGUAUCAAAUGAAAAUACUCCGGAUCUCUCAGUUAACGAUUAUCGUUCCCAUUUUUUACCUGCUGUUGCCAGACAUAUAUCAUCGAGUUUUACAACAAUAGACGCAACUAACAAUAUGUGUCUCUCUCUUUGGCGUUAUGAAAAAUAUAUGCAUGAAUGGACUUUAUUCAAAUCAUUAGAGAAUUUUUUACAACCAUUUAAAAAGAGAUCGGAAUAUAUUAACAAGUGCAUUCUUCCUAAACUUGAGCGAUUUAUAAAAAAACUUAGCGUGCUUAUCACCGUAUGUACUAUUUAUAUAUGUGUUAAAGAGAGAACUGGCAAAAUUAACGUAAACAAAGUUCAAUUUACCAGUUUCACAAAUACAGCAACGAGACAACUCAGUUUCUUCGAUCUUCGUGACGGUGACUUAUUACAUGACCUAGAAGAACUUGAAGAAAAAAGUUCAGCUACUGAAGAAACCUCUAUCACUAUUCUAGAUCACGAAAGGUUCGUUUUAAUGACACCCGCCGAUUUUAUAGAAACGGUGUGCUGGGUGUAA